CUCGCCACCGUCGCCCUCGUCUACCCCUGGCCGCUCUCCGGAUCCAGAUCUCGCCCGAGACGUCCUCCGGUCGCCAUCACCAGCCAGGGCGCCAUGGAGGAGGAACCGCAGCAGGAGCAGCAGCAGAUGCCGCACGUGAAGAAGGCUGCAAAGCGAAAGAGGAAACCCGUUGACUACAGUAAUGCUGUUCUAGCAUUACCAGCUUUUCCAUUGCCACCAAAGAAAAAGGUGGCAGGUGCUGCAGGAAAAAAAAGGGCAGCAACCAGCAAAAACACUACAGGUGGUGGACAAUCAAAAAAGAAGAAUCCAAAAGCUGCACGUGCACCCAAGGAAGCACCAAAGAAAAUGGUGGCAGGUGCUGCAGGAAAGAAAAGGGCAGCAACCAACAAAAACACUACAGGUGGUGGACCAUCAAAAAACAAGAAUCCCAAGGCUGCACGUGCACCCAAGAAGGAAGCACCGAUGAAAGGUCGUCUAGGUAAAAGAAAGAAUCGUAAGCCUGCACGUGUGCCCGUUGAUCCACCAGCAGAAGGGAACUUAGGUACAGAGCAGCUGCAGAACCAUGCGAAUGCAGAAGACAUUCUACAAGAGGAUCCUGCAGUGCAACAACCAAAUGAGUUCAACAAUGAACAACAGAUCAUACAUGAACAAGCAGUGCAACAACCAAAUGACUUCAACAAUGAACAACAAAUCAUACAGGAACAAGCAGUGCAACAACCAAAUGACUUCAACAAUGAACAACAAAUCAUACAGGAACAAGCAGUGCAACAAGUAAAUGACUUCAACAAUGAACAACAAAUCAUACAGGAACAAGCAGUGCAACAACCAAAUGACUUCAACAAUGAACAACAAAUCAUACAGGAAGAAGCAGUGCAACAACCAAAUGACUUCAACAAUGAACAACAGAUCUUACAGGAACAAGCAGUUGUUGAUAACCAACAAGACGUUGUGGAUAAUCAGCAACUCCUUCCAGUUGAACAAGCAGGCAUAAUGCAAGAACAAAAUAUUCAAAAUGCUAUAGAAGAAAAUGUGCCAGAGGAUCCUGCAGUUUUUGCUGAUAUAUUCAACUUUCCAUUGAAUAAUGAACUCGUGGAUCUUGGAGAAAUUGAAGACCUUAUGGAGGAUCCAACUGGAGUUGAGAAUGAACAAAAUAUAAUCAAUAAUCAGCAACACAUUCCGGACCAACAAGCAGGAAUAGUGCAACAGCAGAACCCGGCUGAAAAUGUUGUAGAAGAAGUUGCUGCAGAGGACGACCCUACAGUGUUUGGUGAUAUAUUCGACUUUCCGUUAAAUAAUCAACUUAUGAACCUGGACUGAUGGUGGUCAGCAUAGUCAAUUGCCAAGGGAAUUGUUUGUUUAUUUAUUUCCCAAGACAAUCUCAUAAACUUGCAAUAUUUUCUUGUCAAAUCGGUUUAGUAUUGUGGACAUAAUGCUGUGUUUGCAAGGGUAUUGGUCUUCUGACUAUAUAAUAUGGUUGGUGUUCCUGCAGUCCGGCAAUAUAUAUACUGUUUUA